AUGGACGUCAUGGCGACGCCGGCCGGUGACGAAGGGGUUGAGGGCGCUCUCGUUGCAGGAGCGGAUGACGCUGGCGGCAGCGAGCGUGUGGCCGCAGAGGACGCGCCGUAUCCACCAGAGGAGAGCGAGGAGGAAGACUCCAGCGAGGAAUGGGAGACUGCUUCGCUCUAUGAGGACGCGCUGCAGUUUAUCAGCGAUGAGCACCUGCGCGGCGGUGGACAGGCUGCUUUUAUUGCAGAGACACUGGGCCGGGGCACAGUCAGCGCGAAAACGCUGUGUACGGCUUUUGGAAUUAUGCCUCCGUCCUUCCUUGAAGGCGCCCCGGACAAGGCAUAUCACCCGCUCCUGUCCCUGGGCAUGUCUAGAGAAAGCUCAAAACGCCUCAAGCUGCCAGAUUACAAUACAAUUGAUGAUGUUGUUCAGCUGAUGCAGAAAGCUAAGAAUAUCAUUGUCAUUACGGGCGCAGGGAUAUCUACAAGUCUCGGGAUACCCGAUUUCCGAUCAAAAGAUACCGGACUCUACUCGAAGCUGGAGCAUCUCGGCUUGAGUGACCCCCAGGAGGUUUUUGAUAUUGAAGUCUUCCGUGAAGAUCCAAGUAUCUUCUACUCUAUAGCCAAGGAUAUAUUACCCACAGAGAAGAGAUACUCUCCUACACAUGCCUUCAUCCGCCUACUACAGGAUAAAGGCAAGCUUCUGACCAACUUCACACAAAAUAUUGACAAUAUUGAAGGUGCUGCUGGCAUACUGCCGGAAAAGAUGAUACAAUGUCAUGGCUCCUUCGCCACGGCCUCAUGUAUGGAUUGCAAACAUCAAGUUCCGGGCGAGCAGCUCUUCGAAACUAUCCGACGGGGCGAAAUCCCUAAAUGUGCGCGUUGUGAAGAAAGAUUGCAGGCCAAGCCUCGAGGCCUGAAGCGCAAACGUAAUUCGAACGGCAAUAUGAGGCAGUCCCGGUCUCGGUCUCAGUCCGCCUUUGACGAUGAUUCCGAUAACGAUGGGUAUACGCUUCCUACGGCUGGAGUAAUGAAGCCUGACAUCACGUUCUUUGGCGAAGAGCUCCCAGAUAUAUUCAAGAAACGCCUGCUAGAACAUGAUAGAGAGCUCACGGACCUCGUCAUCGUUAUCGGCACAUCUCUUAAAGUCGCCCCUGUUGCAGAAGUUCCCGGAAUCAUACCAUGUGAUGUUCCUCAAGUUCACAUCUCGCGAACUCCUGUCUCUCACAUCGAAUUUGAUGUCGACAUGCUGGGAGACUGCGAUGUCGUUGUUUCCGAGCUCUGUCGACGCGCUGGCUGGGAUCUUCAGCAUGACAUGAUUCCCGAGGGCCAGAAGGUUCAAGUCGAGCAAGCUGAAGGAUUUGAGUCUAGGUUCACUUUUACAGUGACUGAUGCGCAGAACUAA